AUGUCCGACGCCGGCGCCGACCCCCUCGAGCUCGAGAGCCUCGACACUGACGCCCUUCUUGCAGCACUCGCGAAUGUCGAAAAGGCCGUCCCGGACCUGCUCCUCGGCGUCAAGCCCGUGCUCGCGCACCUCUCGUCGCCGUCGGCCAACACGGACGAGAACGCCGCCAUUGCCGCGCGCGAUGCGGUGGAGAACUACAUGAACACGCUGGACAAGAUCCAGUUCAUCCUCCGCCAGACCGUCUACUACCUGCGCGAGACGCGCGCCGCGCCCUCUGUGCUGCGCCCGUCGGGCGUGGACGCCAUCCCGCGCCCGCUGGCCGCGACGCUGCGGUCUGACGCCGGGCCGACGCCGGGCGGCGCCGACGCGAGCCUGGGGCUGUAUGGUGCACGGCAGGAGGUGGCGGCGCUGCGGGAGAUGGUGGCGGCGCUGAAGGUGAUGCGGGCGCAGGCGGGUGAGGGCGAGGGGGAGGGUGAGGAAGAGGGUGACAGGGAGGGUGCUGAGGGGGACGGUGGGGGAGACGAGGUGCCGGGCGCAGACGACAGGAUGGACGCGGACUGA